AUGUCGGAAGGAGACAAUGGCACUCUCUUCUCCGUGAAAAGCGCUACACCUUGGUUCGUGAUAGGUGCCCCACUCCACUCGUCCUCCAUGCUUGCGUUGCUCCAAGAAAAUGAUGCAAAGCCUCAUAUACUUGAGUAUAAUGAAAGUAAGGUGACCCAAUCAUUAAGGUGUAAUGAUAAUCCUGAAAAAGACUCCUUUCUAGAAAAUAGUGACAGAAAAAUAACUUCAAAUCAGCUGAAAGUUGAGCCAGACAAAUGCUCUUUGUCAAGCAGUGUAGAUGAAAGGGAUAAUUUGUUUGUUGGAAUUGUGUGUAAGAAAUUAGGCAUGUUGGAGCAUAAUGCGAUGGUAGAGGCAGAGUUAUAUCCAGAAAAUAAUGACCAAGGAAUAGCUGAUCAAAAGAUGGAAGAAUUUGGACCGAAGGAAAGCUCUUCAUCAAGCAGUACAGUAAAGAAGGAUAAUUUCGAAAUUAGAACUAUGGAUUAUACUUUAGAGGCAGAGGAAGUGGUUAGAAAUAUUUCAGUAAAGGACCAAAGAGAUGAACAUGUCUACGCUUCAGAGUUAAAUGCAUCCAAAGCAGAAAACAUGAGUUUGAAGUUAAAUGAACAAAGAGAAAAGCAAUCGGAAGUGGAAGGAAAUUGUUUUCUGGAUGAUGUGGAUGUUUCUGAAAGGAAUUUCUCUGUUGAAAAUGUGACAAGCCCUACUAAUCAUGCCACUUUUGAUAUUAAUGCAGUUGGAUCUGGGACUGAAGGGAUUUCUCUCUCGGGUGAAAAUGGAUGUAAUGGUCCUGGGUCAAAAGAAUCAGACCAAGUGCCUAUCAAGGAUUUAGAAAAUAAUGAGAAGUCACAAAUGGUCAAUGGUGGUGCUGUCUGGGAUAUCUUUCGCAAGCAGGAUGUUCUCAAAAUCUAUCAAUACUUGGAAAAGCACAAGAAGGAAUUUCGCCACCUUAAUAAUCUUCCUGUAAAUUCUGUCAUUCAUCCUAUUCAUGAUCAAACUCUUUUCUUAAAUGAGAGGCAUAAGAAACAACUGAGAGAGGAAUUUAAUGUGGAGCCUUGGACAUUUGAGCAAUACCUUGGUGAGGCUGUUUUCAUUCCUGCUGGAUGUCCUCAUCAAGUGAGAAAUAGACAAUCUUGUAUAAAGGUGGCACUGGAUUUUGUUUCUCCUGACAAUAUUGAAGAAUGUAUUCGGUUAACGAAAGAUUUUCGUAUGCUCCCAAAGAACCAUAGAGCCAAGGAAGACAAGUUAGAGGUUAAGAAGAUGGUGCUCUAUGCUGUAAGCUCAGCUGUGAAAGAGGCCCGAAGUUUGAUGCCUAACCAGGAGAAAUGCGGUUUCGGAAUGAAGUUGCUGAAUAUGAGAUGUGUGCUCUUGAGAAGGUAAAAUAUUUACGAAGAAGUGAGAAGGGGCAGUCGUAAUUAAUCAGAGGAAAAUGCAUAUGUCAGUGCCUGGGCCUUUUGGACUGUGACCUAAGUGUGCCAUAGGUCACAUAGCCAAUCUAUAUUAAGGUAUUUUGAAAGAGAAUAAUGGAAGCAAAAAAAUCCAGGUGAUCAAAUCAAUUUAGCAAAGUGUUUAGAAAGA